AGCAUAGAUAAUAAUAAAUGACACCGAGGAUUUACGUGGUAUACCCUGAUUUUGGGCCAGUCCACGGGAACAGCAGCUCCGGAGUAUUUCUUUACUAUAACAAUGAUAGGUUACAGAGAUUUUCUCGAUACAAGCAAUAGAACACACGGUGUUUCCCAAACAACCUCACUAUUUCACUCACAAGGAAAUCUCAUAUCUACCCGUGAUUGUGAAAACGUUUCACAAUCGAAACCACAAGAAAGA